UAGUAAGAGAAACCGCCUGUUUUCCGGCAUGAGUGGAUAUUUUACCCUUCGGUACAUAUUUGUACAUGUAUUUUUGUAUAUAUUUUCACAAAAAUCAGUUUUUUGUGACAAACCAUGUAUUGCACGACAGUUUGACCAAGAUUCUGUCGUCUGCGUAUGCAACGCUACAUACUGUGAUACUUUCGGAAGCGCGAUACCACACCCAGGACCUGCAAAUCCUUAUGCUUAUUGGUAUGCAACGCUGACGUCAAGAGAUGGAUUACGACUUAGCGGACGAUCGGGUUCGUUUGGCUCAAACCAGCUAAAUAGAUACGUUUUCACUGUUGGCAAUGAGACAGCACAACAAAUUCUUGGGUUCGGCGGUGCUUUCUCAGACGCUACUACAAUAAAUAUGAACAAUUUGUCAGCAAAGGCUCGGGUUAAACUUAUAGAGUCGUACUUCUCAGCUAAUGGAAUAGAAUACAACAUUGGACGCAUUCCUAUGGCGAGCAAUGAUUUUUCUACAAGACUUUAUUCGUAUGCCGAUUCGGUGGGUGAUUUGGAACUGAAACACUUUAACCUAACAGUUGAGGACAUCAGUUACAAAAUUCCUGCCAUUAAAGAGGCAGUAAGGCUCAGCAGACGAAAGAUAUCAUUAAUCGGAAGCCCCUGGAGUUCUCCAUUUUGGAUGAAAAGUAAUAAUAACAUGACUGGAAGUGGUACCAUUAAAGGUGCACCUGGAGGCGAAUAUAACAAAGCAUGGGCGAAAUAUUUCGUAAAAUUUCUUGAAGCGUACAAAAACAAUGGCAUAAGUAUUUGGGGUCUUACAGCGCAGAAUGAACCGAACGACGGAGACAUCAAAGACUUUCCGUUGCCAUGUCUUGGCUGGACACCCGAACUUCAGCGGGAUUUUAUAGGAGAAGAUCUAGGACCAGCACUUGAAGCUGCAGGGUUUGGUCACGUGAAACUCAUGAUUUUAGAUGACCAAAGAGCGUUCUUGCCUUACUGGGCAGAUAUUGUGCUCAAUGGCACAAAAGCUUCGAAAUAUGUCUCCGGAAUAGCUGUUCAUUGGUAUGAAGAUUUGAUAGUACCAACAUGGACCCUUGAUGCUACGUAUCAGCAGUUCGGAGAAAACUUUUUCAUCCUCAACACUGAAGCAGGCAUAAAAGACAAACUUAAUGGGAACAAAACAGUUUUACUCGGAAACUGGGAUCAAGGUGAACAUUAUUUCACAGAUAUCAUACAAGACAUGAAACACGGAGUAUCAGGAUGGGUGGAUGGCAACAUGGCCCUUGACAUGAGAGGAGGUCCCAACUUAGCAGACAAUAGUGCUGAAAGUCCUAUAAUUGUAAAUGCCGAGAAAGAUGAGUUCUAUAAACAGCCCAUGUAUUAUGCCAUGGCCCACUUCAGUAAGUUCGUUUCCCCGGGAUCAAAAGUACUUGCGCAUGAAUUUAACGGUGAAGAUGAUUCGGGCUUUGACGGAGUAUUUUUUGUACAAGAUGAGACAUCGAUUACGGCAAACUUUGUAAACACAAAUGAGCAAGGACAGGAUAUUUCCAUAAUAGACCCAACUAUGAUUGGAAAUAUUAAUUUCCACAUGCCUGCAAAAAGUUUCGUUACGUUUAGCUGGUUCCGAGAAUAAUUUGACUAUAAAGCACCUUUUUCGCCUAUAUACCGAAUAAACAUUUAAAACCUUUAUUCUUUGCUAAUAAAUUUAAUCUUAAAGGA